AAUUAUAAUAGCCUGACGGUAUUUGUUUCAAAGAUUGCAGCUGCGCUUUAUUUUACUAGAUUGCAGUUACAGAAGAUAGACACCCGGGAGAUUCUACCUUCUGCCAUGGCUCAGUUUGGAGGACAGAAAAAUCCCCCUUGGGCUACUCAGUUUACAGCCACUGCGGUGUCUCAGCCAGCUGCCCUGGGCGUGCAGCAGCCCUCGCUGCUGGGAGCCUCCCCGACCCUGUACACGCAGCAGACGGCGCUGGCAGCCGCGGGGCUGACCACGCAGACCCCCACCAACUACCAGCUGACACAGAGCGCCGCGCUCCAGCAGCAGGCGGCAGCCGCGGCCGCGGCCCUGCAGCAGGUAAAGCACACACAGCGGCCGGCGCUCCCCGAACUCCGUAAAGCUAAAGGAUCCAGGAGGAAAGGAGAAUGGAAAAUGCAAUAUUCACAACCUCAGCAGACUCUCUAUAGUGUACAACAACAGUUGCAGCAACCUCAGCAGACCCUUUUAACUCAGCCGGCAGUCGCGCUCCCGACCAGCCUGAGCCUGUCCACGCCGCAGCCGGCAGCGCAGAUCACUGUCUCGUACCCCGCCCCCCGCUCCAGCCAGCAGCAAACGCAGCCGCAGAAGCAGCGUGUCUUCACCGGCGUGGUCACCAAGCUGCAUGACACCUUUGGCUUUGUGGAUGAAGAUGUCUUUUUUCAGCUUAGUGCUGUUAAAGGCAAGACACCUCAGGUGGGUGACAGAGUUCUGGUAGAAGCUACUUACAACCCCAACAUGCCCUUCAAAUGGAACGCCCAAAGGAUCCAGACGCUGCCGAACCAGAACCAGAGCCAGGCGCAGCCGCUGCUGAAGACGCCGCCGGCCGUCCUGCAGCCCAUCGCGCAGCAGACCUUCGGCGUCCAGGCGCAGCCGCAGCCGCAGUCCCUGCUGCAGGCGCAGAUCUCGGCAGCCUCCAUCACACCUCUGCUCCAGACGCAGCCCCAGCCGCUGCUGCAGCAGCCACAGCAGAAAGGUGGUUUGCUGCAGCCCCCAGUCCGUCUGGUUUCACAGCCACAACCAGCUCGAAGACUAGACCCACCAUCCAGGUUUUCUGGGAGGAAUGACCGAGGUGGAGACCCUAUGCCAAACCGAAAAGAUGACAGGAGUCGUGAAAGAGAGCGAGAGAGGCGCAGGUCCCGGGAAAGAUCUCCGCAGAGGAAACGCUCCCGCGAGCGAUCGCCGCGGCGCGAGAGGGAGAGGUCCCCGCGGAGACCGCGGCGCGUCGUUCCUCGUUACACCGUGCAGUUCUCCAAGUUCUCCUUGGACUGCCGUAGCUGUGAUAUGAUGGAGCUGAGGAGGCGUUACCAGAACUUGUAUAUCCCCAGCGACUUCUUUGAUGCGCAGUUCACGUGGGUGGAUGCUUUCCCUAUGUCUAGACCAUUUCAGCUGGGAAACUACUGUAAUUUCUAUGUAAUGCAUAGAGAAGUAGAUCCUAUAGAUAAGAACGCUGCUGUCCUUGAUCCACCUGAUGCUGAUCAUCUCUACAGUGCUAAGGUGAUGUUGAUGGCUAGUCCUAGCAUGGAAGAUCUCUACCACAAGUCAUGUGCUCUGGCUGAGGAUCCCCAAGAACUUCGUGAUGGAUUUCAGCAUCCUGCUAGACUUGUAAAGUUUUUAGUGGGUAUGAAAGGCAAAGAUGAAGCUAUGGCUAUUGGAGGACACUGGUCCCCCUCACUGGACGGACCUGAUCCAGAAAAGGACCCUUCGGUGCUGAUAAAGACGGCAAUUCGUUGUUGCAAGGCUCUUACAGGGAUUGACUUAAGUGUGUGCACACAAUGGUACCGUUUUGCAGAGAUUCGCUACCAUCGCCCUGAGGAGACCCACAAGGGGCGUACAGUUCCAGCUCAUGUGGAGACAGUGGUUUUAUUUUUCCCGGAUGUUUGGCAUUGCCUUCCCACCCGCUCAGAGUGGGAAACCCUCUCCCGAGGAUACAAGCAGCAGCUGGUCGAGAAGCUUCAGGGUGAACGCAAGGAGGCUGAUGGAGAACAGGAUGAAGAGGAAAAGGAUGAUGGGGAAGCUAAAGAGAUCUCUACGCCUACACACUGGUCUAAACUGGAUCCAAAAACAAUGAAGGUAAAUGACCUUCGCAAAGAGUUAGAAAGUCGAACCCUUAGCUCUAAGGGACUGAAAUCUCAGCUGAUAGCUCGACUGACAAAGCAGCUGAAAGUUGAGGAACAAAAAGAAGAGCAAAAGGAGCUAGAGAAGUCUGAGAAAGAAGAGGAAGAGGAGGAGGAUAGGAAAUCUGAAGAUGAUAAAGAGGAGGAGGAAAGAAAACGGCAGGAGGAGCUGGAGCGUCAGCGGCGGGAGCGGCGCUACAUCCUGCCGGAUGAGCCGGCCAUCAUCGUGCACCCCAACUGGGCAGCCAAGAGCGGCAAGUUUGACUGCAGCAUCAUGUCCCUGAGCGUCCUGCUGGAUUACAGGCUGGAGGAUAACAAAGAGCAUUCCUUCGAGGUAUCAUUGUUUGCAGAACUCUUCAAUGAAAUGCUUCAGAGAGAUUUUGGUGUCAGAAUUUACAAAGCACUGAUUUCUCUCCCAGAGAGAGAGGACAAAAAGGACAAAAAAAGCAAAAAAGAUGAGAGAAAAGAAAAAAAAGAAGAAAAAGACGAUGAAACGGAUGAUCCAAAACCUAAAAGAAGAAAAUCUGGAGACGAUAAAGAUAAAAAAGAAGAGAGAGAUGAAAAGAAGAGGGAAGAUAAAAGGAAAGAUGAUUCUAAAGAUGAAGAAGAAACAGAAGAGGACAAUAAUCAAGAAGAAUACGAUCCAAUGGAGGCAGAAGAGGCUGAGGAUGAAGAUGAAGAAUGCAGACCACUCGCAACUCCCAUUGAAGUCAGUAGGAGAUACCGGGACGAAGAGGAAAUGAACAAACGGGAGGACAGAAAAGAAGGAAAUAAGCACUGUAAAGAGAGGGCAUCUAAAGAUAAAGAAAAAGACAAGACCCAGAUGGUAACUGUUAACAGGGAUCUCCUGAUGGCUUUUGUUUAUUUUGAUCAAAGUCACUGUGGAUACCUUCUGGAGAAGGACAUGGAGGAGAUCCUGUACACUCUUGGACUUCACCUGUCACGUGCUCAGGUCAAGAAGCUGCUUAAUAAAGUAGUGCUUCGAGAAUCUUGUUUUUACAGAAGACUAACAGACACUUCUAAAGAUGAAGAAAACCAAGAGGAGUCCGAAGAGCUUCAGGAAGAUAUGUUAGGGAACCGGCUGCUGCUGCCGUCGCCCGCGGUGAAGCAGGAGUGCAAGGCUGUGGAGGAGAACGUGGGGCUCAUCGUGUACAACGGAGCCAUGGUGGAUGUGGGCAGCCUCCUGCAGAAGCUGGAGAAGAGUGAAAGGGUGCGGGCAGAGAUCGAGCAAAAGCUGCAGCUACUAGAAGAAAAAACAGAUGAGGAUGAGAAAACCAUACUACAACUGGAGAAUUCUAACAAAAGUCUAUCUGCGGAGCUAAAAGAAGUAAAAAAGGACCUUGGCCAACUGCAAGAAAAUUUGAAGACCUCAGAUGAUAAAAAAUUGCAAUUCGAGGGUCAGCUGAAUAAGACAAUCAAAAAUUUAGCUACUGUUAUGGAUGACAUACAGAGUGUUCUCAAACAGGACAUUGUGAAGAACGAAGAUAAAGAUCAGAAAUCCAAAGAAAAUGGAGCAAACGUAUGAUAAACUGCUGCUGUUUAGAAGAAUGGUGUUACAUAAUGUAAUAUAAAUCAUGAUACCAGAAUGUAUGGGAAGUGAUGCAUGUUUGAUUUUAGUAGUAUAAAUAUCUUAGUUCCAAAAGAUGUAUAAAGUUUUAUGAAUGUGUCUGCUCCAGAAGAUUGCUUGUAAUUCUUAGCAUUCAAGUUGAGACACUCCUCGAGUGAAAAUAAUUUUGCAUUGCGAAAAGUUUUAGGAUGAACUUUGUUAUAGUUUUAACCCUAAUAAAGUUCAUCAAUGUAACGAACAGUAGCAAGUAUUUAAUUACCAAAUGUUUUUCAUUGAAGUCUAGUGAAAUCAAAAUUUUCAUUAUUUAUAGACUUGCCAUUUUUUGGUUUUUGUCUUUAUUUCGGUCUAAUUAGUCUUUUUAAAUUCAAAUAUAAAUCACAAAGUAGCAUGCUGCUUAAUUUUACAAGUAAAGGUUUUUUUUUAAAAAACAGCUUCUUGGGUUUUUUUGUUUUUUGGUUUUUUUUUGUUUUCACUUGUCACAACUUUUUUUCCCUUCUAAAUAUAAUUUUCUUUCCCAAAGCUGCUUGUAUUAAAGCCCUGUAAUAUACAGCAGUUUGGAUGAGUUAAGAAAGCAAUAGAAACCUACCAAAAUACUGGUAGAGUUGUAAGAUUUAUAUGAAAAUACGUGGGCCUGGUUUAAAUGUGUGUCAUUUAUGUUCACUAAAUUGUUCUUAUCUUUGGAUUAAUAUAUAUACUCCUUUUGAAUAACAAAUGCAGUAUAUUUUGACCUAUGGUUGGAUAGCAGGCCAGCAGAUGUCAGAAUAAUGCCUUACAUGGAGAAAAGGCUGCCAGUGUAAACUGCCUUGGGUUAAAUUUGGCUGACAAAAUGGGUAAUUACUGCUAAGACUUCAGUCCAACCAAAAAACAGAUCCACCAGUAACUGUACUGCAUAUUGUAAUUACGAAGGAGCAGGAGGCAACUUGGUUUGUUGAGAAGGUGGCCUUUCUUUGUGCUCACAAAUCACUAGGGAUGGAAACUCACAGGUUAAUGUGACUUCCUUGCCACAGGCAACUUACUCAAAGAAUGUGAAAUAUCAACAGUUGUAUUUUGGUGCAACUUUCAGGAAAAUUAAGGGGUUUGAAAGUUGGGACAGAAGUGUUUUCUUACAGAUAUGGUUAAUUUUAGCAGAUGUUUUCUUUUUUAGCCUAGAUGUCCUAGGUAACUAAAUACCUGUUAGGAAAGUCCAAGUGCCAUAAUAUGUAUGAAUAACCUACAUGGAAACUCAUGUAGCUUUAAUGAGAUACACAUUAAAAUGCCUGAAUUUAUGUUCAAAAGAGUCUAAGCUGGUGCUUUUAUCACUUACCUUUCUUGGCUCUUUUGGAGCUAGACAAGUGAAAUAUCUUUCAUUCAAGUAACAUGCAUAAGCUUCCCCCUCAUUCAUCUCAUUUGAGUCAUUGUACAAAACCUGAACUGUUCACAGUCAAGUAGGAAAUACUAUAAAAACACUAAUUGUAUAUAAGGACACAGAAAAUACAUGCUUUAAAUUUGGGAGAUAACAUCUCAGAGUGAUUGAAUGAGGAUGGUGAUAAAUUUAUCUUAUGAAAAGCAUUAUCUGUGGUGUACAGAUGGUGUUAAAUUCUUUUGUAAUCAAAUUAUAUUUUUCACCUUUACCUUUGUACAGAUUGUUGACAGCAUGUUUAAUUUUUGAUGUUGAGCACCAUUUGUGUAAAUGGACUUGAAAGAAUUGCAUCUGAAAUACUUUGUUCCUGAAUUUCAGCAGUAUGUGUGAACAUACAAGAAAAUGAGUCUAGAAUUUAAGAUAACAACACUUUAGGCACACUGAAACAUCUGAAAUAUUUUGCUUGAGUAUUUUUACCUUAAACUGCUGAGCUGAAAGCAGUUUUAGAACAAGCAGGCCUCCUCAUCUCGUUCUUCAGUGAGGGGCCCUGUGAGACAGUUGCUAGAGUGAUACAGAUUUUUACAAUAUUUAAGAAAAAGAGUGUUUGUUAGAAUGACUGUAAUCUUUCUCUAUAUUGAUUUGAUGUAAUAGUGUUUCAGAUACUAUGUACAGUCUGCAUUUAUGUUGGAAAGGAAAUUAAAUGGGUAAAGAAUAACGGGGAAAAAAAAAAAAACCAAGGAAAACUUCUACAACCUACACAGAACUUGACCAAUCUCCUGAAGCACAAAUACUCUGAGGGAGAACAGGCACCUCUUAAAACUGUGUGAUUUGCUGGGCCAAACAGCACAAAGUUCUGCAUAUGACCCAUAUUGAUGCUGUGUAUUAGCUAAAGCUUCUUAGUAUUAUUCCCAGAAAUAUAACUAAUUCUAAGGAAAAUUGAAUAGAGUAUCAGUAAUGGAGGUUUGGAGAAUCAA